AUGGCAUACGCGCGGAAGCGGAGCAACGUGGUGAAGGAGGUUGAGAAACUGCAGAAAAAGCGGGAGGAGCGGCGCGAGAAGCAAAACAAGAAGCGGGAGGAGCGCGAGGCGCUGAUGAACUCGGACCCCGGAAACGCCAACUGGGAGUUCCUGGCCAUGAUCAGGGAGUACCAGAGCGGCCUGGACUUCCGGCCACUGAAGGACGGUGACGCGUACGAGGAGCACCAGAUCACAGUCUGCGUCCGCAAGAGGCCGCUCAGCAAGACAGAGACCGGCAGGAAGGAGAUCGACGUGGUAACCAUCCCCAACCGGGACCAGACAAUCGUGCACGAGCCCCGCACCAAGGUCGACCUCACCAAGUACCUGGAGAACCAGCACUUCCGGUUCGACUACGCCUUCGACGAGACGUGCGACAACACGCUCGUCUACAAAUACUCGGCCCGCCCCCUGGUGGACACCAUAUUCGACGGCGGCAUGGCCACCUGCUUUGCCUACGGCCAGACCGGCUCCGGCAAGACACACACCAUGGGCGGGCACUUCAACGGCAAGUCACAGGACGCCAACAAGGGCAUCUACGCUAUGGCCGCCAAAGACGUGUUUAGGCUGCUCAAGUCGCCCAGCAACAAGAACAAGGGGCUGGCAGUGUCAGCCAGCUACUUUGAGAUCUACAGUGGCAAGGUGUUCGACCUGCUGAACGACAAGGCCAAGCUGCGCGUGUUGGAGGACGGCAAGCAGCAGGUGCAGGUGGUGGGCCUGACGGAGCGGCCGGUGGAGAGCAUGGAAGACGUGCUGAAGCUGAUCCAGCACGGCAACACCAUCCGCACCAGCGGCACCACCUCGGCCAACAACCAUUCGUCGCGCUCGCACGCCGUCUUCCAGAUCAUCCUGCGCACGCGGCAGUCAGGGGUGCCGCCGGACCGGUGCCGGCUCUACGGCAAGUUCUCGCUGAUCGACCUGGCUGGCAACGAGCGCGGCGCCGACACGUCCUCGUCCGACCGCAUGACGCGCAUGGAGGGCGCCGAGAUCAACAAGUCGCUGCUGGCGCUCAAGGAGUGCAUCCGUGCGCUGGGCCGGAAGGGCGCCCACCUGCCGUUCCGCGCCUCCAAGCUGACCCAGGUGCUGCGCGACUCGUUCAUCGGCGAGAAGUCCAAGACGUGCAUGAUCGCCAUGAUCAGCCCCGGCCUGAACUCGUGCGAGCACAGUCUCAACACGCUGCGCUACGCCGACCGCGUCAAGGAGCUGGGCGCCCAGGACCCGCUGGAGAUGAAGGCCGACAACGCUAACGGCAACGGCCGCCGGCCGGAGCCGGAGCCCAUGCGCGGCGUCGAGUCGCCCGACGACGACCUCGCCCAGCUGCGCUCGCUCAACGAGGGCGAGCUGUCGGCUGACCUCUACAACUUCCAUGAGGCGGUGUCGCACCUGCAGGACAUGGAGGAAGAGGUGCUCGAUAUGCACAAGGCCACCAUCGAGCUCUCGCCCGCUGGCAGCAGAUGGACAUGUCGCUGCUCAAGAUGA